AUGCCCAAAAACAUCCUCCUCCUCGUCGCCGACGACCUCGGCCGCGAGCAGCUCGGCUGCUACGGCUGCGCGGCCAUCCAGACGCCGCACCUCGACGCGCUCGCCGCCUCGGGCACGCGCUUCGACAUGGCCUUUGCCAGCACCGCCUCGUGCAGCGGCUCGCGCACGACGCUGUACACGGGCCUGCACACGCACGAGAACGGCAGCUACGGCCUGGUCCUCGAGCGCAACGGCUUCCAGACCUGGGCCAACGUCGAGACGGCGCCCCGCGUCUUCAACGACCUCGGGUACCGAACCGGCAUCCUCGGCAAGGUGCACGUCGCGCCCGACGCCGUGUACCCCUGGCAGGUGCGCCGGGAGAGCGAGACGCGCGACGUGGCUGUCAUCGCGGAUCAGGCGGAGCGCUUCUUCCAGGAGGCGCGCGACGACGAGAGCAGUGCCAAGGGCUUCUUCCUGACCAUCGGGUACGUCGAUCCGCAUCGCGUGCUUACCAGCCGCGGCGGGUUCGGCAACGCGGACGCAGACGCGGGUGCCUACGAUGCGCGCAUCCGUGACCGCGUGUACAACCCCGACGAGGUCGCCGUGCCGUCCUUCCUGCAGGACCUACCUGCCGUGCGGCAGGAGCUCGCCGAGUACUACCGCGCCAUCAACCGGCUGGACCAGGGCGUGGGCAUGGUGCUGGCGGCGCUGGAGCGCACGGGGCAGGCCGACGACACGCUGGUGCUGUUCCUGAGCGACAAUGGCCCGCCCUUUGUCAACUCCAAGACGACGCUGUACGACGCAGGCGUGCGUCUGCCGUUCCUGAUGCGCGCGCCGGGGGCCAGCAGUGCCACCGACGUUGUAAACCCCAAUCUCGUCUCGUGGAUCGACGUGCUGCCCACGAUGCUGGCCUGGGCGGGCCACGAAGGGCGCCAGCCGCCUGAGGGGUCUGUCGGUCCGCGAAAGGGGCGCAACUUGCUGCCCAUCGCGGGAGAAGGGGCCGUGGUGCCCGGCUGGGAUCGCGUCUUUGGAUCGCACACGUUUCACGAAAUCACCAACUACUGGCCGACGCGGUAUAUGCGCACGCGGAGGUGGAAGUACCACCGCAACGUGUGCUGGCGCCUCGACUUCCCCUUUGCCAUGGACCUGUACGCGUCGCUGUCUUUUGACGCGAUGCGCAACUCUGGAGGCGCCGCCGCCGCGCCCAUCACCAACGGCUGCAACGGCACCACCACGAAAGAGGUGAAUGGUGUCAGCAAACACGAAGAGAAGACGGCGGCACCAACAAGCAAGCAACCGGCGAUGAUCGGCAAGCGCACGCUCAAGAGCUACAUCCGCCGCCCGGCCGAGGAGCUGUACGACCUGGACGCGGACCCGGACGAGGUGCGCAACCUGGCGGACGAGCCGGCGCACGCCGAGACGCUGAAGGAGAUGAGGCUCGCGGUCGAGGCGUGGCAGUAUGAGACGCACGAUCUGUGGUUGUGGAAGGACGGCGUGUCGGUGCAGCGCUUCCGUGAGUUUGACUACGAGCGCGAGGGGCUGCGCAUCCCUGACCGGUUGGACUUUGAUGUCGAUAGCCCCGGAACGGAAGGGGUGAAGACGAUACGCUUGCAUGAGACAUAA